CCCCUCACACACACACACACACACUCCUACAACCCCCCUUGGCCCUGCUCUGUCCGGUCUGGAGGGCCGCUGGUUGGUGAGUUGAGCUCGGGGACAGGUUCGGGUUCUCCUCCUGAAGAGACGCAGCAGCGAGCCGGAGCCGGAGCUCCACCUGAAACAGACUCUCUAUUUAUAUUAUUAUAAUACACUCUGAGAACUCCGCGAGGAAUAAGGCGUCUUUCACCCACCCACGUGGACUCUCUGUGUAUGGUGUGUGAGUGUCUGUGUGUGUGUGUGAGAGAGUGUGUGUGGAUAAGUGCGCUCCAGAGAGUGAGAAUCAGCGCGCAGGGCGGACUGAGGCUCUGGGUUUAAACCAUGCCGGCUGGGUUUCAUCAGCUAGGAGGAGAGAGGAUAACUGGAACACUUGUAUUAUCAGUGUUCACAGCGGUGUUGGGCUCUCUUCAGUUCGGAUACAAUAUUGGAGUCAUCAAUGCACCACAAAAGAUUAUUGAGGCAGAGUAUAACUCAACAUGGACACACCGCUAUUCAGAGCCCAUUCCCGAGGCCACACUCACCUCCCUGUGGUCUCUCUCCGUGGCCAUCUUCUCCAUCGGAGGCAUGUUCUCCUCCUUCUCUGUGGGGGUCGUCUCAGAAUGGCUCGGCAGGAGGAAAGCCAUGCUUAUCAACAAUCUCCUGGCGUUCAUUGGUGGAGGCCUGAUGGGGAUGUCUAAGAUCAGCAGAUCGUUUGAGAUGAUGAUUUUAGGACGCUUCAUUAUCGGAGCAUACUGUGGGUUGGCAUCCGGUCUGGUACCUAUGUAUGUGGGUGAGAUUUCACCAACCAACCUCCGUGGAGCUCUGGGCACACUGCAUCAGCUCGCCAUUGUCACUGGAAUACUUAUUGCUCAGAUUUUAGGUCUUGAGUCGUUGCUGGGCAGUGAAGAGCUAUGGCCUGUGCUUUUGGGCAUUACAGUGAUCCCUACAGUCCUCCAGAUGGCACUGCUGCCCUUCUGUCCAGAGAGCCCACGCUUCCUUUACAUUGUUCGCUGCCAGGAGCAUCACGCCAAGAGUGGCUUGAGGCGGCUGACUGGGCGCGUGGAUGUGAGUGAAGACUUGGCAGAAAUGAAGGAGGAGAAGAGGAGGAUGGACAUGGAGAGGAAGGUGUCCAUUGCAGAGCUCUUCCGCUCUCCACUCUACAGGCAGCCUAUUAUAAUAGCCAUUCUACUGCAGCUCUCUCAACAACUGUCAGGAGUCAACGCUAUUUUCUACUACUCAACAAGCAUAUUCCAGAAAGCUGGAGUGGAGAGUCCAGUCUACGCCACCAUAGGCGCUGGAGUGGUCAACUGUGCUUUCACUGUGGUCUCGCUGUUCCUGGUGGAAAGGAUGGGUCGACGGACGCUGCACAUGCUAGGACUGGCUGGAAUGUGCGUGUGCGCGAUUGUCAUGACCAUUGCCCUCAACUUAUUGGAAGGUGUGCCAUGGAUGAGCUACGUCAGCAUGCUGGCCAUCUUUGGCUUUGUGGGGUUCUUUGAGGUGGGACCAGGACCCAUUCCCUGGUUUUUCGUGGCUGAGCUGUUUUCUCAGGGGCCCAGGCCUGCAGCCAUGGCAGUGGCUGGAUGCUCCAACUGGACUGCAAACUUCAUUAUUGGCAUGGGUUUCCAGUAUAUUGCUAACCUCUGUGGGCCGUAUGUGUUCCUGAUCUUCGCUGCACUUCUCCUGUUCUUCUUGCUCUUCACCUUCUUCCGGGUACCUGAGACACGAGGAAAGACCUUCGAUCAGAUUUCUGCAAACUUCCACCGCCAUCAGCCGAACAUGAUGGACAUGGAUAUGGAAACGGAACUAGGCAAGACCAGUACAGAGCUGGAAUAUCUAGGAGCCGAUGGAUCAGAACACUGAGACCCAGGAGGUGGAAGGCAAUCUAACGGAAACCGUGAAGACCUGAGGAGAAAAGUUGGUUACAUAUUGGAACAAGGGGCCUCAUCAAUCAGAUGGCCUUUCAUGUGGUUUGGGGCGAUUCGAGGGGAACUAAGUGUACACCACAGAAGGAAACAACACAAACGAAGCAGCUGUUACCUGUGGUGAUUGCUACAGAAGUUCUGUAGGACAGAAUGUACAGGUGUUUCAAAGGGAGAAGGACUUUGGAGACUUGGAUUCCUGCACUUUAUAUGCACAAUGUUUUGAGUGUUGAGAUGAAAAGCCAGUUAUAUAUUUGUGUAUUUGUAUUUACACCAACAUGCUAGCUGCUUAUUGCUGGGCCAUAUUUAUGAUGCACACUUAGCAUUACUUCAAGCUUUUAAGAGAUUUUUUUUAACAGAAUGCGUGUUUGGAAUGCUUACAUUUAUUGUUGCAGAAAAAUCAUUUUAAAAAUUAGCGUUGCCCCUCAAAAAAUAUGGCUAUUUUCUUUCAUUUUAAGUUUUCCACAUAAUUUUAUUGCAACCGUUUAGCUGUAUGUAUAUCAAUUUUAGGCCUAAGCUCUAUUGACAAUGAAUUUUUUUUUAUAAAAAAUAAAAAAUCCCCAGAUUUUCCAGACAUACAAUAAGCUUAGCCUAAACUGAGUCAGUAAAUUAUUCAAAUGAAAGAGAGGAAAGCUGGCAAACAUGCUUACAUGCCAGGUUAUAAAACAAGAGCUCGUAUCAUGUCCCACGACUUCUGCCAUGUCCCAAAGAAGUUUAAGAGUGUUGUACUAUCCUUCUAAAUUCAAUGUGUUUUUCUGUCAGUUUGUCACAUGGACAAUUCUAGUCGCACACCGUCACAAUUAUUACCACCUACUGCCCAGCCCACUCUGGGUGGUAAUGCCUUCUAUGCCGUAUUCCCAGUACAAACAUGACAGAGUAUUGAGGUAUGUUAAUUGCCGAACACAUUUUAGAAAUGGAGAUAAUACACAUUGCCUUGUCAUGAGCACAUGGGCACUGCUCAGCCUCACACACAAGAUAACACCUCCAAAACCUGAGGUAACAUGCCAUGAACAAUUUACACACUAUAAUCCCAUGACUUUUGGCAUGUUAGUAUAAAGAGUGUUAAAAAUGUUCUUGUAAGAGAAAAUUCAUUUAGUUCACUUACUAAUUAAACUAAAGAUAUUUUAAGUGUUUCUGAGAAAACGAACAAAAACCCUAUCAUUGCACAUUUAACAUAAAUGCUAUUUUUGCAUCAUUUUAAAAAUAUAUAAAUAUUUAUUUUGAGUGCUUGUUUAGUGACUAUUUUAAUUUUCAAAACUGCUAGGUAAUAAUUUUAAGAAGUGAGUUUGGUGUCUCUCAGUGAUGUUACGAAACAUAUGCCAGCUGGUCUCAGUAAUGUUUUGUCAAAUGAUCCAGCCUUGGACACGGAUAACUUCUGAUAUUACAGGUGGAGGGAAAAGAGGACCUUUGAUUUUGCUAUAUUUUGAUGACUGUAAUGUUCUGUAAUGUUUGUGAGGAGUGUCUCUGUAACGUAAAAUGAAUGUUUGAAAAUGAAUGAAAAGCUUUUAUGUGGAA